AUGUCCUCGAACGCGGAGCCAGUCGGGGAAACUGGUCAACGUGAUUUUACUUUUCCCUUUCUCCAAUAUCCGCCGGACUUGAGUCCUAUUUUCGACUCGCUGCGAAAUUUCCUGGUUAGCAAUCACAUCGUGCUUACCGGGGCGCAUACAAUAAAACUUCGUGCACCGGAUGAAGAAGCCAUUCUAGCUGGUACCUUUGUCGUUGAGAUUGAAGUGCUGCCCAUGAGACCUUUGACUUUGCAAUCGCCCAACGAAAUGAUUGAUUCGACAGCAGGACAGAUUGAAUCACCAAGCCUGAUGACUGGUGUAUUCGACAACGAAGCUUGUAUGCUGGAUGCCUCGGAAAUUGGUGCAUGUCAGCCACAAACUGGCUUCAAUAAUGCCACUGAAUGCACAAAGACAUUGGACUCGCCAUGGCAGGCCAUUGGGCCUUCAAUUCGAUAUAAUCUUCCUGAAGAAAGCAAUAACGCCGGCAAUGUCAGCUUGGAUAUGGGCUCUAUGCCCCCAGUGUCCCCAAGCGUUGCAGGUGGUUUGGAGAACCACGUAGACCAUUCAACAAUGACCGUCAGCCAGCCAGGCUUGGAUUCUAGUCAAUACUCACCCCUCUCUUGCAAUUCUCAAACAAACUCUGCUACAGAAGCUUUCGAGCUACCUGUAUCGGUCGCUGAUGCUGCUGUCAACAGGAGGCGAGGCGGACGGAGCGGCAGUGUUUCUACAUCUUCAGGUUGCUCCGAGUCGUCUCACAAGAGAAACAGACAAAGCAAGUUAUUGGCGCUCACUAUCAAAUCAGUGCAGCAGCCAGUCAUACGGCCGGAUUGGCUGACUUUCUUGGAAGCCGAACUCCCGCGCUGGGCGCUAUGGGGAUUGUGGGAAGGAGCUGCAGAUGUUACUCCGCCAGCCAAGGGUGGCGGCCACGAGUAUCACAGUCUGCAAGUCGCAUACUCUGCUGUUUGCUUUCUUGAGAAGCGCGUGGACUAUGACUCUAUUCGUUGCCGCAUCGCCUUGGUGGAGCUACACCGGGAGUACGAAAGAGCGUGCACACAUCGACAGGAAAUCGAGGAACGACGUCGAAUUGGUUGGGGGGUUUCUAGCUCUACUAUCGAUUAUAUUCUGAAGAAUACGCAUAGCAACUGGUCUCUGCUGAGCGAAUCGCAGCGAAAAAGUCGUCGUUCUCAGUUUCACGACCGCAAACGGUAUGGCAAGAGAUGGGCAGUUCUGACGGAUGGGCUGGGUACGGGCAUUGUACUUCUCAGCUCUACGCAUCUUGCAAAAGCAGUGCACAACACUUCAUUUACCUCUGAAAUGCUCAAUCAGUUUGUCCAGCACACACGAGGCGACGCAACAACCAUGCGCAUAUUGAAAGAGAUACGGAAAGUGGCGGAUCAGUUAUGGCUAGGGCAGCCAUGUGGCUCUUAUGAUGCCAAUUUCUUGCUGAAUAGGUUGAAAACGGUUAGUGGUGAUGAUUUCGAUGUGAUGGAGUAG